AACUAUGGUUUGGAAACAGAAAAUCUAAAAACCCUUUCUCACAAACUGAAUGCGUCUGCCAAAAAUCUGCAGAACUUCAUCACUGGGAGGAGGAGGAGUGGCCACUAUGAUGGAAGGACCAGCCGCAAGUUACCAAAUGAUUUUCUGACAUCGGUAGUGGAUCUGAUUGGAGCAGCUAAAAGUCUGCUGGCUUGGUUGGACAGAUCACCUUUUGCUGCUGUCACAGAUUACUCAGUAACAAGAAAUAAUGUCAUACAGCUCUGUCUGGAACUAACAACAAUAGUACAACAGGAUUGCACAGUAUAUGAAACAGAGAAUAAAAUUCUUCAUGUGUGUAAAACUCUCUCUGGCGUCUGUGAUCACAUUAUCUCUCUCUCUUCUGAUCCACUGGUUUCCCAGUCUGCUCACCUUGAAGUGAUCCAGCUUACAAACAUCAAGCCAAGUGAAGGGCUGGGUAUGUACAUUAAAUCAACAUAUGAUGGUCUCCAUGUAAUUACUGGAACAACAGAAAAUUCACCUGCAGAUCGGUGCAAGAAAAUCCAUGCUGGGGAUGAAGUGAUUCAAGUUAACCACCAAACUGUG